AUGCACAGUCGCCACGACCCAAACCGCGGCGAGAAGGCUAUUCAAUCAUGGAGUCUUCCAUUCGGCCAUCGUUGUCGUAAUUGGGACAUGUUUUCAAUGACCCGUAUGCGUGUUUCCAAUAGACGGUCGGCUCGAGAGACGUCGUUGAAUGGGGUCGAAGAGGCUUGGGUUGAAACGCAAAAUUUUGUGGGCCACGAGGCCGUUUCGAUAAGCUCUUCGCUCCAUUGUUGGAUACGAAAGGCAGCAGAGCAGGAACGUGCAGGAACGUGUAUAAGUACGACGUCUCAGCUCGAAGAAUGCACGGCAUCACAAGGCUGCCUUCUGCCUUCCGCGAUGAGGGUGCCAAAAGGGUGCGCUGCGACUCACGGAAGAAAGCUUGAGCAUCUAUGGCUUGGGCCGCUGCAGGGUGGUAGUCUUCUGCAAUUCAGCCAAAAGCUCCGUGCCCAGGUUAGCGCCCCGGCCGUCAUCGGUGUAAUCCUUUUGGAGCCAGGUGGCCAUCAGCGGCGUGGCGUACCUGAUCUCCUUUGUUACUUCACCAUAAAAUUAACGUCAGGUUUCCAAUAUAACACAUGCCCCUUGUGGCUGCGCAUAAAGAACUCUUUAGAACACUCCUCUACCCGAGCACUACGUGAUGCAUAUAAAAGCCCGGUCAUUCUCGCCUCGCCGCGCUUCUUCCUUUCUCCCUCCAUGUCUCCCAUCCAUUACGUCCCGGCGCACCACUUCGACGCCCGCGCCCGCGCCAGGAUACCGAUGAACCCCUCGUACAGCUACGGCACCGGUGAAGCCAGCUCUUCCGCCCGAAUACAGCCCCAGAUGGCCUCUCCUUCCCAUUUUUUUCCGAAUGACCUUCCCGACCUAUAUUAUGACGAUGAAAAUAUGUCAACACCACCGUCGGCGACCUGUUCGAAUAUCACUUGCACAACACCACAGGAAUGGCGGCGGCCAUGGGAUCUUCCGGCUGAGGGGAAGAACACCACUCCGUCGUAUUCGCCGUCUACAUGGGACGCUCCAUCACUUCGCGGCCAAGGAGUGCAUCCCGCUGUAGCUCCGAUUGAUCCCAACUUCGACUGGCUCCAUCAGCAGCCAUUAUUAGGCGCACAACAUUCGCCCAUGUGCUUCGACUCCUAUGGGGCCCUUGCCGCGCAGGAACUUGGCACAUAUUCACCAUCCUAUUCACAACCGGUCCUCCUCGCCCAGCCUCUUAAUUUUACGGGUCCCGAUUUCGCUUCGCCGCAGUCAUCGACAUUACCCUCAUCUCCCUUAUCCGAAACGGUUUCACCAGCGGCACUUCACUUACCUGCGCCGGUGACGGCAGGGUGCUAUCCCCCUCCAGCGAGCCAAGCGCCUGUGAAACUACACCAGCCUCGGCCAUCUCGUCAUAUCCCAAUUAUAUCUCUCUCAAAACUGGCAUCUGCGUGCGAGGACAUUUCAAGCCCAUCUCACCGAAAAGAACCGCGGUCAGAUGUCCUCUCACCUCCCCUGGACUACGAUAUCAACACCUACUCAUCCGUAUUACCUACAAUCCAUCACGAUCAAUUUGUUCAACGGUCCAUCCCGCCAUCGCAUUAUCCGCACUGCGCUACUCUUCCAACUGUAUCUAAUGAAUCAGAGGCGAUGAUUUUUUGUAAUUGUGGAUGCAUGGCGUCGUAUACUUUCUAG